AUGGCUCCAACCGACAGCAAGAAGCGAUUGGCUUUGGCCAUCAUUGAUUUCUUGGGCUCCAGCCUGAAAGAUGGCACACUCACUGCCGAUGACGCCGAGUCGAUCGAAAUCGCCCAGUCUUGUAUCGCGGAUACCUUCAAGGUUGACCCAACCGAUGAGGUUGCUGUGAAGGAUGCGGUGGGCGGACAAUCGCUGGUGGGGAUUUACAGUGUCUAUGAAAAGCUGCGUAACAAGUCGACAUCGGAGUCAACCAGCGCCGGAGCUCAGGCUUCUCAGGAUGACAAGCCGAGAGCUGGUGUGCCUACACCGGAAUCCGAUAAGCUGAAGUCUGAGGGCAAUGCUCUUAUGGCCAAGAAGGACUACGCCGCUGCCAUCCAGCAAUACACCAAGGCUCUUGAGAUUGCCCCUGCGAACCCAAUCUAUCUCUCCAACCGUGCUGCCGCAUUCUCCGCUUCAAACCAGCAUGAGAAAGCCGCGCAAGAUGCCGAGCUUGCUGCCGCCACUGACCCUAAGUAUUCGAAGGCGUGGAGCCGCCUGGGUCUCGCUCGCUUCGACAUGGGAGACUACCAUGCCGCCAAGGAGGCAUAUGAAAAGGGCAUUGAGGCAGAAGGCAAUGGUGGGAGCGAGGCCAUGAAGCGUGGCUUGGAGACUUCGACGCGGAAGCUUGAGGAGGCCACUCGCACCAGCGAGCCUCCAUCUGAGGAGCUUGAUACUGCUCCCGGUGCCUCUCGCGGCGGCGGUGGUGGUAUGCCCGAUUUGUCCUCCUUGGCCAGCAUGCUUGGUGGCGGUGGCGGUGGCGGUGGCGGUAUGCCUGACCUGGGCUCCAUGAUGAACAACCCGAUGUUCGCCAGCAUGGCCCAAAACCUCAUGAGCAAUCCAGAUAUGCUUGGCAAUUUGAUGAGCAACCCCCGUCUACGCCAGAUGGCUGAGAACUUUGGCCAGGGUGGCGGCAUGCCUGAUAUGUCGAGUCUGAUGAGUGAUCCCAACCUCGCCGAGAUGGCUCGAAACAUGAUGGGCGGCGGUGCCGGUGCUGGGCGACCGGGCCAAAACUGA